AUGCCCCCAUCAGUAGCGAUGAUUAUCGAAGCGGAAACGGACAACGCGAAGCGCACAUUAGGUGACCUAAGGUUGCAGGUUAAGAAGCACGGAGGGGUGGUCACGCCCACAAGCUAUCUCUUCCAAAAGAAAGGACGGGUGAUUUUUGAAAAGGACGAGAGGAAUUUGGGCGUUGACGACGUGCUAGACCAAGCUAUCGAGGCAGGUGCUGAGGAUGUCGAGGCUGAACAAGACGGGACUCUUGUGGUGUGGACGGAGCCCGGAAAUACUACAUCUGCAGCCAAAUCAUUGCAGGAGAGCUUGGGGUUGAAGGCAGAGAGCUCCGACAUCAUCUGGGAUCCCAAUGAGGAUACUAAGGUCCAGCUCGACUCUAUGGAUGAUGUCACUGCUCUGUCGAAAUUCAUUGACGUUAUUAGAGAUAACCCGAGUGUCCAGAGCAUAUACGCAAAUGUUGCGGAGGAUAGCAUGAAUGACCAAGUCUGGGAGGACCUACUAGACAAACUAGAUGCUUAG